CUCAGUAGUAAUUUUCAAUUGCUCAUAAACAGAACUGGAUUUUUGUUCAACAAAUAAAGUUUCCAAUUGUGCGGUGCUUCAAAAAAUAGAAAAUUUUCCUUUUCGAUUGUUUAAUUGGUAAGAGGAAUGCCAAAAAAUUGUAGCAAAGACUGUGUGGGUCUUAGAUACCGAACUGGCAGCCUUCAUCAAACCUUCAAGUGGUUCCAUUUGACCGAAGAACUACACGAAUAUCUAAUUUCAAUGUCAUCAGCUGAUUCGAACGCCAAUGCUUUGUAAAUUCGGACAGUAAAUCUAUUCGGUCUAGUCAAAAUCGAAAGAAAUAGAAACGAAUAGUGUGCAAAGGUGUUCAACAAUAGAAAUAGAAGACUGCAGCAAAUUCUGCCUCAUUUUUAGACUAUUGCAUUUAAGUGAAUUUUCGAACAAUAAACAAUCAAAUUAGCAAAUAAUUAAAAUAAUAACUGCAACUAAAGUGCCUGUGGAUCGAAUAAAGUGACAAAUUUUAAAGUAGAAAAGUGAAGAAAAGCGAACUAAAAAAUUACGUAAAUAACUUACAUUACAUUAACGACAAGAGUUAAGAGAGAAUACAUAGAACAACUGUCAAGAGAUACGAAAACAUGGCCACUUCGUUGAUAGUGAAGGGUUCAACCAUGACCCGCUUGGCUGUCGUACGAAUAACCAAUGUAAAUAAGUCCAUUGGGAUGCUGCAAGUGGCUAAUUACUCGAAUAGGAGCAAUGAGAGUAAUGAUAGCGGUCGACAACAAUCACCAAAAUCAGAUGGUGAAAUAAAGAAAUCCGUUUUCAUAUCGCAGUCGUAUGAUGUAUUCACGAAUUUGGCAUUGGAGGAUUGGAUCUAUCGAAAUUACGAUUUUACGAAUCAUCAUAUUCUGAUGUUAUGGGCUAACGAUCCGUGUGUCGUUGUCGGUCGGCAUCAGAAUCCGUUCUCGGAGGCAAAUGUUUCCAAUUUGAUGAAUAAGGGGGUAGAGUUAGCCCGACGCAACAGUGGCGGUGGAGCCGUUUUUCACGAUCGUGGCAAUUUAAAUUGCACAUUUUUCACGAACCGAGAUCGAUACAAUAGGAGCUACAAUUUGAACAUAUUGACACGAGCCUUGUUCCGCGAAUUUGCAAUUAAAACGGAAGUUUCGGAUAGAGACGAUAUUACGCUGAUGGGGAAGAAAAUUUCUGGUACAGCUGCAAAAUUGGGCCGACCGAAUGCAUACCAUCACUGUACUCUAUUGGUGAACUCAAAUAAAUUGCACUUGAACGAUGCGCUAGUGAAAGAUGAGGCCGAAAUCGUCAGCAAUGCCACAAAAUCGGUACGUUCACCAAUAAAAAAUUUGACGGAUGUUAACCGAAACGUGAACAUUCCUCAAUUGAUAUCCGCCAUCGGUUACGAGUAUUUGCGCACACAUGCCAUUGAGCUGAACGACGAGGGACAAGAUUUGCUGCAAAAGCAACGAGGCUUCCAACUGAUUAAUCCCACCGAAAAAUGGUUCCCCGGUUUGAUGGAAUUGCGCGAAACGUUCGCUUCGUGGGAUUGGCGUUUCGGUAAAACGCCCAAAUUUACCGUACAAAAAGACAUCCAGUUAAAGGCCGGCGACAAAGAUUCGUGUUUCCAAUUGAAAAUGGAAGUGGAGAAGGGUGUGAUUGGUGACAUUUUCAUCGCAAUGCCGAAUUGUGAACCGAUCCCGGUUGUAUCGGAACUGAAAGGCAAAGAGUACACCGAAGAAAAAUUGAAUGGAGUCGUUGCAGCGUUAAGAAAUGUGAGCUCCGAAAAUGUUAAGCAUGCCAUCAACAAUUCGUUAUGAGAAUUGGUCAUUGAUUGAUGCUUGGAAUCAAUCAAAACUGAAUCGUUCUGCAAACGGAAAAUGCUGGGAUGUUUUUUAUAAAAAGAAAAAUUCUGUACAAAAGAAAAAUAUUUUCAAGAAUCAGUCAUAUCAUUUGUUUCUUUAAAUUGAUUUUUAGGUUUAGAGAGUUUCGUUGAAUGUUUUUUUUUCGUUUUGCUUUGAAGAGUUUCAGUUUUGAAUAAAAAAAUAUUUUCUUGUUUAUUUUACUUGAAUUGUAUUAAUAACACAUAUAGGUUUACGAUGAAAAUUUAAAAUUAUUUUAAAAAGGCGAAAGAAGGAAGGAUGUUAUUGAGUUUUAAAGUUUAACAGAUUUUAACUAUUUGCUGAAUUGAUUUUACAAUAAAAUUUUAGUUACAGAACAGUUUAA